GCGGAAGAUCAUGAACAUUUAUAUCGCAGAGUAAGCACAUUAGACACCUAUCGGGUGAGAUAAAAUCGACACCUUUUAAUUUGUAAAAACUACAGCUCUCGUGAAUUUAAUGCUGCAUUUGAGACUCGCAUUAUUAAAGAUCCAGACGAUUCAGAAAAAACAAUGAGAGCAGAUUUGACCCUUCUGCUCGUCUGUUUGCUGCUGCCUGCAGUCAGAGGCACUUUAUCAAAGACCGAUGGCAAAAAAGCCAGUAAGAUCCAGGAGGCGGAGACGACAGCGGCGGAUCGUCCGGUGCAGGAGCGCGGUCUGGCGGUGACGGAGCCUCAGUGGCGGGACAUAGUGCGAGAAGAGAAGAGGUUCUGUCCCCAGUGUGUAUCCACACGACACUUUCGAGGAGCUGUGCUCGGAUACAUCACACCUUGGAACGCUCAUGGAUAUGACAUGGCUAAGGUGUUUGGUCCGAAGUUGACGUCGGUGUCUCCGGUGUGGCUUCAGCUCAGACGCAGGGGACCAGAGAGCUUCCACAUCACCGGUCUUCAUGACCAUGACCCAGGUUGGGUCAAAGCCGUGAGGAAGGCCAAUAAAAAAAACAAAAUACUUCCUCGGCUGUUGUUUGACGGAUGGUCCUAUCAGGACUACAUGAGCGUUCUGGACAGUGAGGAUGAGAUAGAGGAGCUGGGUCGAGAGGUGCUGGAAGUGGGAAAGGCUGAAGGGUUUGAUGGUUACACACUGGAGUUAUGGAGUCAGCUUGGAGGAAAUAAGAGAAAAGAGCUGGUGCACCUGGUCACACACCUGUGUGAGACUCUGAAGGCUGGGAAGUUAACCUGUGUGCUGGUCAUCCCUCCUCCAGUCGCUCCGGGCUCUGGUCAGCCUGGCAUGUUUGGACGGGAGGAUUUUGAGAAACUGGCUCCAGUGGUGGAUGCGUUCAGUCUGAUGACGUAUGAUUACUCUGGACCGGGCAGGCCGGGUCCGAGCGCUCCUCUGCCCUGGGUCAGAGAGUGUGUGCUGCAGCUCGCGCCUCACAACCAGUGGAGAGACAAGAUCCUGCUGGGAAUCAACCUGUACGGACUGGACUUCAGCAGCCACGGCGGAGCAGAGCCGCUUCUGGGCGGGAGAUAUGUUGAACUGCUGAAGGAAGUGAAACCCAAACUGCAGUGGGACGAAAAUACUGGAGAACAUUUCUUCAAUUAUAAAAGGAGUAAUGGAGUGAAGCAUGUGGUUUACUUCCCCACUUUAAAGUUUCUCCAGCUUCGCAUCGCCUUGGCAGAUGAACUGGGAACAGGAAUUUCCAUGUGGGAAUUGGGACAAGGACUGGACUAUUUCUACGAUCUUUUGUGAACCGACCUCCGUCUGUCUGAUUUGCUUCCAAAUAAUAAAGUGCAAUUUAAUAAAGCACUUCAGAUAUUUAUGACAAUACUGUCGUCGUCGAGCAUGCCAAUAAAUUUAUUUUUAAUUA